AUGGUAAUACGAUGUUGCACAAAGUGUUUCAAAUAUAACGCUAAAGCAUCGCAACAAAUGAUGGGUAACCUUCCUACUGUACGUUUAACGCCUUCUCGUCCAUUUAAACAUAGCGGUGUCGAUUAUGCAGGACCCAUAAUUAUCAAACAGUCAACUGCGAGAAAUGCGGUUACAACGAAAGGGUACAUAUGUCUCUUUAUUUGUAUGGUAACAAAGGCAUUACACUUAGAAGCCGUUACGAAUCUGUCAACGGAAGCAUUCUUGGCUGCAUUCCGCAGAUUUUCUUCUCGUCGUGGAAAAUGUACAGAUCUGUACUCUGAUUGCGGUACGAAUUUCAUUGGUGCAAAUAAAGAACUGCAGAUUUUAUAUAACCGAAAUAAGUCGUCGCUACCAGAGGAAUUGCUAGAAAUACUGGCUGCUGAUGGAACUCAGUGGCAUUUUAUACCACCAGCUACACCAAAUUUCGGCGGUCUUUGGGAAGCCGGCGUUAAGUCGACAAAGUACCAUCUUAAACGUUUACUAGAUUGCAAGGUUGUUACUUAUGAAGAAUUAAGCACUUUUCUGGCUCAAAUAGAAAGUUGUCUAAAUUCUAGACCUCUGUGUCCAUUAAACAAUGAUCCAACUGAUGCUAAUGCUUUGACACCAUCUCAUUUUCUAAUCGGAGAAGCAACAAACUGUAUACCAGAGGAAAAUUUAUUAGACUGCAACAUUAAUCGACUCACAAGAUGGAAGGCAAUUGAAAAACUUAAACAACAUUUUUGGCACCGUUGGAGAAAUGAAUGGUUGUGUCGUUUACAAUCUAGGCCUAAGUGGUUGAAACCAAAAGGAAAUACUAAAGUGGGAGAUCUUGUACUUAUUAUUGAUGAACGCUGCCCACCUGGAACAUGGCCGUUAGCUCGCGUGAAGGAAGUGCAUCCUGGUGCAGAUGGUAUCGUACGAGUGGUUACUAUACAAUCCCAUGGAAAAAUCUUUAAGCGACCCGUUUCAAAAAUUGCAUUUUUGCCGUCAGAUGAAGAUUAUGAAAAGCUAAGAAAUAACUCUGACUGA